UGGGAACGUCAGGUGAGGCGCAAACGGCACUAGUGUCAAAGAUGCUGCUGGGCUUGGCAUCAGCUCUCCCAGCCUUGAUCAACUGUUUUUUGCCAUGGCAGCAUCCGUUUGGAGUACCUGGGCAGUCCGAUUGCCUACAUUUUCAAGCGCGAGAGACUUCUUCGACGCCAAAGCGCAUAGCUGUUGUAGGUGCUGGAACAGCAGGUCUUUCGUUCCUUAAGGUUAGCCAGGAGUAUCAACGGGAGCAUAAUGUCAACUGGGAAGUUGUCUUGUAUGAGCAGCGUUACGAUAUAGGCGGUGUAUGGUAUGCAGUGUCCUUUCUUCAGGGACUUCACCCCAUGUGUCAGUACCACAAAGACCUCGUUGCACAUUACAAUCUUACUGAGUUGAUUCAUUUGCGGCACAAUGUCACUGUCGCUCGUUGGCUCGGCAAUGUUAGCCAUGGCCAUUGGGAGCUCACCAUUCAAAAGCCACGAAAAAUCCCAUCAGUGACACCGCAAAAUCCCACUCGUUAUAGGCGGUGGAACCCAGAACAUGAAUUGGAGACCAUAUACCAGAAAUUCGAUUAUCUUAUCGUCGCUACUGGUCACAACCGAUAUCCCCAUGUGGAUAAUUUCCCCGGAAAAGGCGACUGGCUAUCAAACAGUGAUCCCAAGUCUCAGUUCCGGAGAGAUAUACGACAUUCUAUGUACUUUAUGGGGCCACAGCCUUAUAUAAAUCGCACCGUUCUUAUUGUCGGGGGUGGUUUCAGUGGCAUGGAUAUUGGGAACCACCUUACCCCAUUCGUUUCCAAGGCAUACAUUGCACGAUCAGCAGAGACGACAGGCGACCCGUCGAACCAUUUCCUUAUUCCAAAGCCUCGAUUAUCACACUUCGAUCGCGAUGCUAUCUACUUUGAAGAUGGUUCCUCCGUGACAGAUGUUGAUAGCGUUAUUCUUGCAACUGGGUAUCUUUAUAUAAUUCCAUUCUUGAGUGCUGGGGAUGCACUUACCGUCGACCCGAAUGCCAAAUCACGCAACACUUCACAUAUCCAUCCACCCCCUCCUCUGCCGCUCACGAGCAACGGGAAAUAUAUUCGCCCCCUUUACAAACAUACAAUGAGUUUGAGCUCCUACUUUCCUCCUAGCUCUCUUUUUGUCCUUGGGCUGCAGAGUGGGACUCCACCUGCACUUACAGAUGCUGCCCAGGCUAUUUUUGCUACUCGGGUUAUCGCUGAUCCAUCCCUCGUCGCUGGCAGGAUUUUGCUGCUUCGAGAACUGGAGGAGGAAGAGGAACGACUUCGACGGGCAGGAUAUGACCCCGAUAAGCAAGGUCACUCGCCCGUUGAUUUCGAUGGGCGAGGAAAAGCAUCAAGCAACUUCAUGGAUGGUCUUAUAGAUUUCCUCAAACGGAGGAACGUUACUGGGCUACCGUUGCCUGGAAGCGGUGGUCGGUAUGUUGAGGAUUGGCGGAGGAGGCACGAUAAUUUUCCUGGGCUUAUCAGGAUGUUUUUCACUUGGAGAGAGAUCGAGAAACGUGGUGAAGGGGGAAAGAUGGUUGCUGGGAGGAGGACGGAGGAAGAUUGGAUUGAACUCCUCGAUUAUCUGGUGGCACAUCCGUUGCCUCCUACUCCCAUCUAGAAUUUAGUUAAGACGUCCCAUCACAGCUCAAUGCCUUUGUACAAUACACCCAGACACACAUCUGGGUUUUCGCGCUUAGACAGUGGGUGGUCGCUCUUAGGCAGGAUCCCAGCCUCUAUAGAGGUCGCUCUGUCUUUUAUAACAUUGCCU